AGAAAAACGAAGACGCGUUCAUUCGGCGAGAUGUUGAAAGAAACCUAUUUUUUUGAGUUUACGAAUAUGUUUUGAGAUCCGGCCAUCUCAGCUUCGUUGCGCCACCGCAAACGCGCUAUACACCGUCUCCCGCUGGACCUGGCCCGCGCGCGUUGCUGACGCCGUCUCUGAUCCUUCUGGAGUGAAGCGCUUCGCAUCACUUUCCCCCCGUUUUUGACAAGCGGUUUGUGUCAAAACUUUGGUUUUUCUCCCACAGACGUUGCACCUUCGUCUGCCCUCGCUCUCUUCGGUCUUCCUCCCUUCGUCGUCGCUCCACAGCGCCGUCUGCUGCCUCCUCCUUUUUCUUCUUUUCCUGUUUCGUUUUCUUUACCAUGGCGGCUUGCCUUCGAGCGGCCCGUUUGUCUCUCAGACAAAUGGAAGGCUUGAUCGAGCCGAGCGUUCGUGGACGCUCUUCUCCUCUCUCCAUGGUGCGCCUCCUCCCUUCCUCGUCCGUUUCGUCUUCUUCUCCGUCUCCUCCGUCUGCUCUGUCCUCUCCUUCUGCUCCUUCUUCUCCUUUUGUCUCUGCUUUUCAAGGACUUGUUUCUGGGAAGCGCGCUUUUUCGACGGCAGACAGUCCGAACGGACUCUGCCUCGUCACGAGAAUCGCUCCCGACUUCACAGCCGAUGCCGUCAUGCCGAACGGUGAGAUUCAGAAGGUAACUCUGUCGGAGGUCUACAGGAGCGGCAGCGGCGUCGUUCUGCUGUUUUAUCCCCUGGACUUCACUUUUGUGUGUCCGUCGGAAAUUUUGGCUUUCAAUGCCGCUGUCGACGAAUUCGAAGCACUUGGAUUCAAAGUCUGGGGCGUUUCGGUGGACAGCGCGUACACACACCAGGCGUGGACUCGCACGGCGCCUGCGGAGGGUGGGAUAGGCCAGCUGCGCUUCCCGCUGGUCUCGGAUCUGGACAAAACGAUUUCGCGAAAGUUCCACAGUUUACUGAACAACUCAGUCGCCCUGCGGACUCUCGCCAUCGUUGACAAGACCGGCACCGUGCGGCACUUGACUGUGAACGACUUGCCGCUCGGCCGCAGUGUGGAGGAGGCUCUGCGCGUCUGCGAGAUGAUUCGAGAAGUCGAGAAGAACGGCGGCAAACAAGUUUGCCCGGCCAACUGGCGCAGGGGAGAGAAGAUGAUGCAUGCGUCCUUCGAAGGCGUCAAGAACUACCUUGGACAACUGAAAAACUAAGUGGAGGCGACAGAGAAGUGGAGCGGGAGAAGCCGAGUUGAACACUGAAAGAUACAGAGCGGAAGGCCGAGAACGACGGAGGACGAAGAUAAACACCGGAGGGAGGCGGAGAGACGCAGAGUGUGGGGUCUUUACACAGGCUGCGCCUGUGCAUCGAAACAGAAAAAAGGAAGGGGAAGAAAGAGAGCGGUGGGCGUUCGAGAGAAGAGAUCAAGGAAGGAGAGGGAUGUGUUUCGAGAGACCCGCUGCGUCGUGAACAACAGACUUGGAAUGCCUUUAGACCUUUUUGCUUCUAGAAAGACAAAGAACCGAGAACGAGACUCCUGUAAGCUGUGGCUGUGCG